AACCUACUAUAGUGACACUAAAUCCUUUGUCUAUAGAGGUGAAUGAAGAUAAAUAUCUUCUCGAACAUCUUCUUAACACACUAGGGAUGAUUGAAGAAGCGUCCAGAGUAAUAUCAAUGCUUAGGUCACGUAUUAAACACGUACGGGAUCUUGCUAAUCAAAGCAGUGCGUCAGGUAGAAAACGCUCCAAAGUGGCAUUUUUUGAAUGGACAUCACCUAUAUAUCUUGGUGGUCAUUGGACUCCGCAAUUGAUUCGAUGGAGUAAUGGUAUGCAGGUGGUGGCAGAUUGUAAAGACGGUGACAUCGCUGAGAUGGGUGCUCCCCCGUCGGUUCGCGUUCCUCCUGAGGAUAUUAUACGUGAAAAACCCGAAAUUCUCAUAAUUUGUCCGUGCGGGCUUGAUCUUGAUGCUGUAAGAAAAGAAUACAAAGAAACAUUAUUACCUUCAGACUGGUGGCCUUCACUUGCCAAAUAUGCAUCGAAAAUUGCAUUGGUGGACGGAAGUCAGGUUUGA